GCGAGGCGAGCUGGUCGAGAUGAAUACCGUUGAAGUGACAGCGGCGCGCGAAGGGUCUCCCCCGCCCCAGGAUGCUCCGCUGCCGGCCCAGGACGUGGCGCAGCUCCAGCUCCUGGUCUCGGUGGCCGUGGCCGGGCUCGUCGUCCUGGUUCUGCUGUUUUGGAAACUUUUCCAGACCAGAAAAAGCAGUCGGAGAGCAGUGCUUCUGGUGGGUCUCUGUGAGUCGGGGAAAACUCUUCUGUUUGCUAGGCUGUUAACAGGAAAUUUCCGAAAUACACAGACUUCCAUAACAGAUAGCUCUGCCUUGUACAGAGUAAAGAAUGACAAGAGCACAAAUGUGACUUUAAUUGCCCUUCCAGGGCAUGAGAGCUUGCGGCUUCAGUUUUUGGAUAGGUUCAAGGCUGCAGCUAGGGCAAUUGUAUUUGUUGUGGAUAGUGUAGCAUUCCAGCGGGAGAUGAAAGAUGUGGCAGAAUUCCUGUACCAGCUCCUGAUUGACAACGUGCUGUUGAAAAAUACACCUCCCCUGCUAAUAGCAUGCAACAAGCAAGAUGUUACAAUGGCAAAAUCUUCCAAACUCAUACAACAGCAGCUGGAACGAGAACUCAAUACUUUACGAGUGACUCUAUCAGCUGCCCCAAGCACAUUGGAUGGUUCAAACUCUGGAACUGCUUCUCAGCUUGGGAAGAAGGGCAAGGAGUUUGACUUCUCUCAGCUGCCCAUGAAAGUGGAAUUUGUUGAAUGCAGUGCCAGAGGAAGCAAGGGAGAGGAGGGCAGCGCUGACAUUGAGGACUUGGAAAAAUGGCUAGCAAAAAUUGCAUGAGCACAGGAUGGGAGACAGCAAAGGCAGCCACUGGGUAUGAAUUGGAGCGGUACACAAAAUGUAAUAGGGGAAGUGCUUAAAUUCUCAGGAACAGCCUAGCUGGGUUGUGGUAAAUGGAGCAGUUGGAACAGCAACAAUGGCAAGGUCAUUCUGUAGCCUGCUUUGGGGUGUUUCUGCUUGCCCCAUAAUACCCCAUUCAUUGUUAUGGUAAUGCUUUUUGAAGGAUCCCUGUCAUCCAAGCAUUUCCCAGCUAAGUGCUAUCCCUUUUGUAUGUCUCAUUCUUACUCCAAUCAGCUGUUUUCCUACUAUGUCAAAAGUAAGGAGGCUUUAAAUGGGAGUUUCUGUAUUGGAUAAAAGUUGUGAGAUACGAGAGGAGUGAUUUCUAACUAUUCUGUGUUUGGAAUGUCUCUGCUUCUGCUUGCCUUCCAUUGGUGUUCACAUUCAUGGUGAAUACCUACUUGCCCAUUCUUCUCAUCUUGUUUUCUUCUCACUUUCGUUAUCUGGGAAGCAUUACAGUACUCUGGAAUGAAUGAAAUCUGUUUUUCUAACUAUGGUGGUGUGAAAGCUAUGUGCUGCUAGCCAUUAAGAUGCCGCAGCAGGGGUUGACAUUGUGUGCAAUGUCUAGCAUUGCUGUUCCCCUGCUGUUUGGUUUGUAGCUUGUGUUGCUUCUGUGAACUGUUCCUGAAUAAUGGCUGCAGUGAGCCAGGAAAUCCAAGCAGCAGAUGAAAAUGUUUUUAGGUUCUGUUUCCAUGCACUUCUCUUUUCUCCAGUCAGGGAGGCUGAAAACGAUGUGAUGUACUACAUAUUGCUUGGUUGGUAUUACAGUAUUUGAAAUGUGGUGCUGACAGAGUCUCCCCUAUUUUGUGGCUGAGGCACAUGUGGUAAUAGUCCCUUCCCUUGUUAUGCUUGAUUCCUUUAGCAUGUGCGAAAGUAACAUCCCCACAUAAACCUCAGGCAAAGGGAAUGUUGAGUAUGUGAUGCUUUUCCCUUCCAGAUGUGCUACACCAUGGUGGACUUAUGUCUCCCCUCAGUGCCUUUAGUUAAGAUCUGUCAGUCCAUCAUGUGACAGAAGGUGCUUUAGCAAUAAAAAAAUUGAGUUUUCUUAUCAUUAGAAAGGACACUGUGAGAACUGUGCUUGACUAUCAAACCAGACACAGCCAUUCUAAAUCACAUUCAUUUAAACAAUGUGCUUUGCUAUAUACUCUCAUUUUACAACAGGAAAGUGUUGCUUAGAAUUUCUUCAGCAUGUCACAAACUGGACUUAGAACUUCUUCAUAAAAUAUGAAAGAUGUUUGCCACACAUGAAUCACAUAUCCCAACAGUGAACACUACUGCUUGGGUGGGAGAUGUGUGUCUACAACUUCAUGGUACAUGCAUGCCUGCAGAAACCGUAUCCAUUUUCUGCUUAUGGAUGCUUCCUUACCCACAUGUCCGCAUGCCUAUUCUUACAUUGAACUCACUCUAAAAAUACCUUUUUUAUAUUGUGUGAAACAGCCCUGAGGUUUUAUGUACAUCCAGCAAAAUCCUUAUUGUGUUAGUGACUUUGCAAACCUUCCACUGUGGAUUGACUGAGAAUUAGUAUUGUACUUUUGAGAAACUAAGUUGGGGCAUUUGGGCAUAGAGCAGCAAGUUUCCACCUCUGAAUCUGUUUGAGCUCUGGAAUAGUGUUGGUAUUGUGCUCUUCUGUGUUGAAAUGCAGUUCAUCUCCUGAGUCUCUUGCCAGAUCCACACUACACUAGUAAAAGAUUCAGGCCAUGGCUCAAGAUGCAAGAAGUUGUACUGUAUGUAUUGAAUUCAUGAGCUGUAAAGAUGUAUGAGUCCAUAUCUUUUAAAUUAUUUUUUGCAGGUAUCUAGAAAUAAAAAAUGUUUGGCUAACCUUUGAAUGGCAUUUCUCUAAGAGACCUCA